CACUUUCGUCUAAAAAUAUAUCACACCUUUACGCAUGAAAGAACCCAAAUAAGAAGAAAUGGAACUCCGGGGAGAAUUGUUAUUUUCUUUUGGGCGGGCAACUUUUUUUUUUCUGUUCUUUUAUUAGUGUCGAUUUUAAAAUAAUGUCGGGUGAAAAGGCAACAGAUUGGGACGCCUUGCGUGCUUUCAUGCCUACCUCGUUUGGUAAGCAGGCAAAAGCAAAUAACUUGAACCAAGAAUUCGAAAAGACAAAACGAGAGGAAGCUGGUGCUGCUGCAGAAAAGAAGAAGGCACGUGUAGAGACAAAGGAAGGUCAAGUGAAAGCCGUUGUAACAGAGCAAGAUCAAGACGACAGUGCCAACGACAUGGAUUCGGAAUCCGAUGGAGAGAACGAUCAAGUGGAUUUUUCUGUGCUUCCUACUUCACACGAGAUCAAGUUAGCCGAUCAUCAUCGCACGGUUUCUUCAUUAACCUUGGAUCCUUCCGGCACCCGACUUGUGUCUGGAAGUUACGAUUACGACCUCAAGUUUUGGGAUUUUGCGGGUAUGGAUCGUUCGUAUAAGCCCUUUCGCACAGUACAACCUUGUGGCGAACACCAAAUUCACAAGGUGGAGUACUCCCUAUCGGGUGAUUCCAUUCUCAUCAUUUCUGGAAGUGCGCGACCAAAGAUCUUUAACCGUGAUGGCCUCGAAAAGGCCGAAUAUGCAAAGGGAGAUCCUUAUAUCCGUGAUUUAAAACACACCGACGGUCAUACCGGUGCUUUAACAAGUGGUAAUUGGCAUCCUCUCGAUAAAGAGACAUUUGCUACUGCUUCACAAGAUGGAUCGAUACGAGAAUGGGAUGUAGAAAAGAAGAGAAGACAAAAGACAACCAUUGUUUAUAAAUCGCGUGAAAGAGGAGGUCGUUCUCCCUGUACUGCCAUUUCUUACAGUCACGAUGCAAAGUAUUUGGCCGGCGCUUAUCAGGAUGGAACUUUACAGAUUUGGGAUACAAAGGGAAACCAUAUUCGACCUGCAAUUCCUAUCCCUGAUGCUCAUCAAAAGGGAACAGAGACUUCUUCUCUUUUGUUUUCUAGAGAUAAUAGAACCUUGGUUACAAGAGGUGGUGAUGAUACUGUCAAAUUAUGGGAUCUUCGAAAUGCAAAGAAGCCAGUAAAGACAGCUUAUAAUUUAGAUAUCGUGAACCCAGAGGCAAACGUCAUCUUUAGUCCUGAUGAAAAAAUGAUUUUGACAGGUACUGCAUGUCCCAAGGGUAAAGGAUUUGGUCAAUUGGUCAUGUUAAAUAGAGAAACCUUGGAAGUACAAGAAUCCAUCAAUGUUACACAGUCCAGUGUGGUUAGCGUGUUAUGGCAUCCUCGCAUUAAUCAAAUUAUCACAGGUAGUGCCGAUGGUACUGUCACCGUAUUUUAUAGUCCCACACAUUCCACACGUGGUGCUAAACUAUGUGUGGUAAAGGCAGCUAAAGUACGUGCAGUGGAUGAUUAUGAAAUCAAUCGCCCUAUUAUCACACCUCAUGCGUUACCCAUGUUCAAGGAUGAAGAGCCAAGAGCCACAAAGAGAAAGAGAGACAAGAUGCGUAGCGAUCCUGUGGCUUCUUAUCGUCCCGACUUACCUGUUAGUGGCCAUGGCAAGGGCGGUAGAGUUAACAUGAAUCAACAACAAGCUGUCAUCAAGACUUUUGCUAAGGAUACAACUCGAGAUGAAGAUCCUCGUGAAGCUCUUCUCAAGUAUGCUGAUUUAGCUGAAUCCGACCCUCUUUGGGUCUCCAAUGUGUAUAAAAAGACACAGCCUAAUCCUGUGUUUGAAGAGGAAGAAGAGGAAGAAGACAAAUAAAUAUCGGUUAAUGAAAAAUUUCCCAAUUUAAAAAGGUUC